AUGUGUAAAAUAAUAAUGUUUAAUGAAUAUUUUGUGACAAAUUCAGAGCCUCUAGUUUACAAUUCUCCUCGUUCAGAUGUCCGAUACCAUCCAUAUGGCAAUAGUCGAUCUUACUCAUCACCAAAUAACAAUUUAAAUAAUUACAUGUCAUCCAAUUAUCAAUCACCAGCUGAUUUUGAUACUAGUUUUCAAUUUGAUGGUCCAUUUCCACACGAUCCUGAUUCAUAUCCAAUUUAUCCGUAUGAUUAUACACUUUGGUCACCAAACGGUGGUCCACGAUGUUUUAAACGACGUGUAUCAGCAAAUAAAAAAGAACGACGUCGAACACAAAGUAUAAACACGGCAUUUUCUGACUUACGUGGAUGUAUACCAAACGUGCCACCCGAUACAAAAUUAUCAAAAAUAAAAACAUUAAAAUUAGCAACAAAAUAUAUCGAAUAUUUAAUGGAUAUAUUAUCGAAAGAUGAUCCAAGCAUUAUGCCAUCAGCAUUCAAAGCAGAUAUUAGUAAAACACGAAAAGAUCAUCGAGAAAUUAAGUAUGAUAGUGAUUUAUCACCGAGAAAAAGCAGAGGUCGCACAGGAUGGCCACAAGAUGUUUGGGCAUCUGAAUUAAAUAGUAGAAAUGAAAAUAUUCAUCAUCAUCAUCAAUCGUCAGAUCCAAUGACAAUAACAACAACAAUACCAAAUGGAUAUGGAAGUGUAUGCAGUAAUUCAAAUUCUCCCACAUUAUCUCAUAGUAGUUCAUCAACAAACUUAUCCAUAAAUAAAAACUUAUCACCAAAUAGCAUUCCUCAACAACAUAGUCCAAAGAAAAAAAUGUCUCGUCGUAUAUCCAGUAAUAGUGGUGGUGUAUUAAAAAAUCAUUCAUCAACUGUAACAAAAAUUUCAUUACGUAAUGAACGUUUAACGAGUGAAAAAUUGCGUAUGACAUUGAUUGACAUUAAACCAAUGUAUAGUAGUCAAAAAAAUAUUGGUUAA